CCAAAACCAACAGUCCAAAAUCUCCAAACUCGGGAAUCGACACCGGACUUGAAAAAGGGGGACAACAAGAAGAAAAAAACUCACAAUGGCGGACCAAUCCGACCUCCCUAACCUCCAAUCCCACCUCCGCUCCUCCCUCCGCCGAUACCCCGACUUCCCAAAGCCGGGCAUCAUGUUCGAGGACAUCCUCCCAAUAUUCGCCUCCCCCGUCCUCCAUGAAACGCUGUUGCAGGCGUUGGAACUGCAUAUCCAGUCUGCCCACCCUCCCACGCUGACACCCCCACGUCGUCGUGGGCCUCGAGGCGCGGGGAUUCCUCUUCGGCCGGGAAGCUGCCGGGUGAGUGUGUGCGCGUGGCGUACGAGAAGGAGUACGGUACAGAUUGGUUCGAGAUGCAGGUGGGCUCCAUUAAGCCGGGGCAGAGGGUGCUGGUUGUCGACGAUAUUAUUGCCACCGGGGGGAGCGCGAAGGCUACUGGGGAGUUGGUGGGGUUGUUGGGUGGGGUGCUCGUGGAGUACGUUUUUAUUCUCGAGUUGGAUUUUUUGGAGGGGAGGAAGAAGUUGGGGGCUCCGGUGUAUGCCUUGUUGGGGGUUCAGGAGGAGGCGGUGGGGAAGGAGGAAGAGGAAGCAGAGGAGGGGGGUGUGGAGAACAAGUAACUAUCGAUGGUGCACGGUUAACGGGCGGGAUGGGGUAAUUAAGGUAAUGCUUUCGGGUAUGGGAUUAGACUGCUCUUGGGGUCACGGUAGAAUGGUAUCAUUGUUCAAAAAAGUAUUUGAUUCUAGUCAUAAGUGUUCGCAAAAAUAAAGCAUUCACCAUUUGUCCA